AUGGGAAAGGAAUCAGGCUGACAGGGGCGGAAACACGCCGCGGUGCCAGCCGGGUAAAUUCACCUCAUCCAGGAAGAAACCCACCGAAGCUCAGUCUGCUCUGCACUCUGCACACCCUGCGACAGAACACGGACCAAAUCACUGCUAGACCCGGUUAGCAGGAAUGGCGGCGGAGCUGGCGAGUUUGGUGCAGCGGCUGGAGGUGGCGGUGGGCCGGCUGGAAGUGGUGUCGGGCCCGCCGGGCGGCGCCGCAGGUUCUACUGGAGGAGCCGUGGCGCCGUUCGUGGAGGCGUAUGAUGACAUCAUCAGAGGUCCGGUGGCGCAGUACGUGGCCCUGAGCCAGCAGAUCGGAGGAGACGUCCAGAAACACGCAGACAUGAUGAAGCAGGCGUUCUCCAGCCAGAGGCAGCUCCUCGCCGCCGCUUCCUCCUCCCAGAAGCCCUCAGACCCGGUUCUGACGGCGCUCCUGCAGCCCGUCUCCAAGGCGAUCCAGCAGGUCCAGGCCUUCCGGGAGCAGAACCGGACCUCUCCGCUCUUCAACCACCUGUCUGCCGUCAGCGAGAGCGUUCCCGCCCUGGGAUGGGUUGCCAUGGCUCCGAAGCCCGGUCCGUACGUUAAGGAGAUGCAGGACGCCGCCAUGUUCUACACCAACCGGGUCCUCAAGGACUACAAGGAGAAAGACAAGAUGCAUGUGGACUGGGUGAAGGCCUACGUCUCCAUCUGGACCGAGCUGCAGAACUACAUCAAGCAGCACCACACCACCGGCCUGAGCUGGAGCAAGACCGGUCCGGUCGCCGUGGCCUCUGUGGCUCCGCCCAGCGCGCCGGCCGGAGGCCCCCCGCCCCCGCCGGGCCCCCCCCCUCCACCCGAGGAGCUGAGCGGCGCUCCAGGAGGCGGCAGCGACGGCGGCGGCGCCACCAGCAGGAACGCUCUGUUCGCCGCCAUCAACCAGGGAUCCGACAUCACCAGAGGCCUGAAGCACGUCAGCGACAACCAGAAGACCCACAAGAACCCGGCCCUGAGGGGCCAGGCGGCCCAGGCGGCCCCGGUGCGUACCGGACCCAAACCGUUCUCCUCGGCCACGCCCCGACCCGCCGGGUCCGCCGCACCAACCCGCACGCUGCCGCCGGUUCUGGAGCUGGAGGGAAAGAAGUGGAAAGUGGAGAACCAGGAGGGGGCCCAGGGCCUGGUGAUCAGCAACACGGAGCUGAAGCAGGUUGUCUACGCCUUCAAGUGCAACCAGAGCACGCUGCAGGUCAAAGGCAAAAUCAACUCCAUCACCAUCGACAGCUGUAAGAAGAUGGGUCUGGUGUUCGACGACGUCGUCGGCAUCGUGGAGGUCAUCAACUGCAGAGACGUCAAGAUCCAGGUUAUGGGGAAAAUCCCGACCAUCUCCAUCAACAAGACUGACGGCUGCCAUGUUUACCUGAGCAAAGACUCGCUGAGCUGUGAGAUCAUCAGCGCCAAGAGCUCCGAGAUGAACAUCCUGGUUCCCAACAAGGACGGAGAGUUUACGGAGCUUCCUGUUCCGGAGCAGUUCAAGACCGUCUGGGAUGGCCAGAAGCUCGUUACCACAGCAACGGAGAUCGCUGGCUAGGCGGAGCCCCGCCCUCUAACCACCUGACUGAUUGACCCCGCCCACCAGCUAAUGUCACACUGUAGACUGAGAUUCAUGAGUUAACCCCGCCCCCUGCCUCCUAUCAGCCAAUCACAGCUGCAGCUGACCCUUCAUUAGCCAAUGAGAGGGCUGCUCGCACCUGGAGCAGAUCCUCCAGCCAAUCGGCAGCAAACAGCUGAGAGCGUAGAUUAGAUUCUCAGCAGCCAAUCAGCCGUCAAGACGCUUCCUUGUUUCCUGCUCCACUUCCUGUUUCAUUUUUAUGCAACUUCCUGUUAAAGCACCUAGAAAACCAACUAAAGCAUCACUUUGCUUCUGCUGAGUUCAAUCCGGCUCAAACAAUCCAGAUCAGGUAGGAAUAAAGCUCCAGGUUUCCAGGACAUUCCCGAGUGUUAGCAUCAUUCCAUGUUGGAGACAGAAAGCCUGGAAGUGGUGACCAAUCUGUAAACAUGUUUCCUUUUUUUCUCACUUCUUUAUUUUUGGGUCCAAAUUGAAAUGUUCUCAUCUGUGCUGAGUCAUUAAAACGUUGCAAUAACA